AUGGCGAAAAUAUUCGAGAUUCUGCUUGUGGUAAAUAUGGUGAUCUUGGGCUUCGUUUGUAGAAGUGAAGCAGGAACUGCGCAAGUCCCAGUCGAAGAUGAAAUCUGCAAGGCUUUGAAGAAUAUCGCAGUCAAUGUUGUUAAACUUAUUGGAGAAGGAAAACUAGAAGAGGCGAAAAAUGAGCUUGAUACUAAAAUCGGUGAAAUGAAGGAUUCUGGCGAUUUGGCAAAGAUCAAACAAAAACUUGAAAAAAUGAUGGGUGAGGGGAUUGCCACAGAAAAAUACGUUAUACUGACUUAUAUUGAAGGAAAACUUUGCCCCAGCGAAGCCGGCAGAGCCAUAAGAUCGAUUCAAACCUGGGCACCGAAAGAUAAGAAGAAUUGGGUGAAAUUUGUCGAGAUUAUGAUAAAAUGCCUCGGAGACGAUUUGUAGCUUUGUAGUGUAUCUUUGAAGGAGCUAUAAUGAGGCGUUUGUUUUGUAUAUACUCAUAUUGGUGUUAAUCAUUAAAAAUUGAAUUUUUCUUAGCCAUUUUAUGUUUAUUUUAGACGUAUAGGGCCAUCCGUAACUUUGGGUG